UGAUUUUGGCGUAAACCAUAUUUUUUUCUUUAUGUAUUGAUCCAGAAAAAUAAAAAUAAAAAUAAAAUGAAAGGAUCGCACUAAAUUAUAGAUCGUUUUAUCUCAUCUUUUUUACAACCAACCACGCCAUUCUCCUUUUAUAUACAACCAUCAUUAAUCUGAAGUGUUCAAUAAUUUAUUUAUAAAGGAAAAGAGAGAGAAAUUCUCAACAUACAGAAAGAUCAACCAUAUGGCCAAUAAUCAAAAUUCAUUGCUUCGCAAGCACUCGCCACCGCCAGUGAGCUCUGAACUGGAAGAUAUAUUGUCUAACAUGGAGUUAUCAUAUUCUCAGCGACUCAAAAGUGCAGUUCUGGUAGAGCUAAAAACACUAUUUCUAUUAGCAGGCCCCGCUGUUAUUGUUUACUUGCUAAAUAAUGUGGUUUCCAUGUCCACCCAAAUAUUCUGCGGCCAUCUUGGAAAUCUUGAGCUUGCUGCUGCCUCUCUCGGCAAUACUGGAAUUCAAGUUUUCGCUUAUGGUCUUAUGCUAGGAAUGGGCAGUGCAGUGGAGACACUAUGUGGGCAAGCUUACGGGGCACACAAGUAUGAGAUGCUAGGCGUUUAUCUUCAAAGAUCAACAGUUAUCCUCACUGCGGCUGGAAUUCCACUUACGCUUAUAUACGCCUUCUCUAAGCAAAUCUUGCUAUUAUUAGGUGAAUCUAAAGAAAUUGCAGCACAAGCUGCAGUUUUUGUCUAUGGUCUUAUUCCACAGAUUUAUGCUUACGCAGCAAAUUUCCCAAUCCAAAAGUUUCUACAAGCACAGAGCAUAGUUUUUCCUAGUGCAUAUAUAGCAGCUGGAACGCUUGUGGUUCACCUCGUAAUGAGUUGGCUUGCUAUUUAUAAACUGGGUUGGGGUCUGUUAGGUGCAUCGCUAGUUUUGAGUUUGUCUUGGUGGAUUAUAGUGAUAGCUCAGUUUCUGUAUAUAGUGACAAGCUCAAAGUGCAAGCGAACAUGGACUGGGUUCACUCGGCAAGCUUUUUCUGGGCUCUGGGAUUUCUUGAAGCUGUCUAUUGCGUCAGCUAUAAUGUUGUGUCUUGAAACUUGGUACUAUCAAAUAAUAGUUCUGAUUGCUGGGUUGCUCGAAAAUGCUGAAAUCACUUUGGACUCCCUCUCCAUCUGCAUGACAAUAUCUGGAUGGGUGUUCAUGAUUUCAGUAGGCUUCAACGCAGCAGCAAGUGUGAGGGUAAGCAAUGAGCUAGGAGCAGGACAUCCAAGAUCAGCAUCAUUUGCUGUUGUAAUAGUAACAUUAAGCUCGUUGGUAAUUGCAUUGAUAUUUGCUAUUUUGGUGCUUAUAUUCCGCAAUUACUUGAGCUAUAUCUUCACCAGCGGUACAACAGUGUCCAAAGCCGUAGCUCAACUCUCUCCUUUCCUUGCCCUUUCUAUCUUGCUAAAUGGAAUCCAACCUGUUUUAUCAGGAGUGGCAGUUGGAUGUGGAUGGCAAGCCUUUGUUGCUUAUGUUAACGUAGGAUGCUACUAUUUUGUGGGUAUACCUCUGGGUUGCGUUCUUGGCUUCACCUUGGAUUUUGGUGCAAGGGGAAUAUGGUCUGGGAUGUUAGGAGGUACUAUUAUUCAAACAGCCAUUUUACUUUGGGUUACAUUUCGGACAGAUUGGAAUAAUGAGGUUGAGAAAGCACAGGAUCGUUUGGAAAGAUGGGAUGAUGUUACAGAGCCACUUGUUAUGGACUAAAAUGAGUAGCAUUUCUUUUUGCUUUUGAUUAAUUUGUGCCUUUUUGCAAAAUGAAUCUAUACCCAAAUAUUUAUCUUAAACCCUAAUUAAUCCAAUUCCCUAAUCAAUCAUAACAUUGCAUCGAUCAAGGAGAAUCAGAUUUCAGACAGAAUCUCACUUUUUUUUUUUUUUUUUUUUU